GCAACGGACCGACGGCCUGGAGGCGCUCGGCGCAGGUGUCCUGGGACUUGAUGGCGAACUUCAAGGGCCACGCGCUCCCUGGGAGCUUCUUCUUGAUAGUUGGACUGUGGUGGUCGGUGAAACACCCACUGAAGUACUUUUAUCAAAAGGAGAAGAGCAGCCAACUAACCCAUCACUACCAGCGUCUCGAGAUCAUCGAAGCUGCAAUCAGAACUUUGUUUUCAGUCAUCGGGAUCCUGGCAGAGCAGUUUGUUCCUGAUGGGCCCCACCUCCACCUGUACCACGAGGACCACUGGGUAAAACUCAUGAACUGGCAGCACAGCACCAUGUACCUGUUCUUCGCAGUCUCGGGCAUCGUGGACAUGCUGACCUACCUCAUCACCCACGUCCCCCUGGGGCUGGACAGGCUGGUUAUGGCUCUGGCCGCCUUCAAUGAAGGCUUUCUCUUCUACUACCACGUGCACAACCGGCCGCCGCUGGACCAGCACAUCCACUCCCUGCUGCUGUGUGCUGUAUUCGGAGGCGCCCUCAGCCUCGCUGUGGAGGUAGUCCUUCGGGACAACGUCGUGCUGGAACUCUUCCGCACCAGCCUCCUCCUCCUUCAGGGCACCUGGUUCUGGCAGAUUGGGUUCGUGCUGUUCCCACCUUUUGGAGGCCCUGAAUGGGACCAGAACAAUGAUGACAACAUCAUGUUCAUCACCAUGUGCUUCUGCUGGCACUACCUGGCCGCACUCUGCAUCGUGGCCGCCAGCUACUCGCUAGUUUACUGCUUCCUGACGCUGGUGAAGAGGCCGGAAGACAGAGAAGUCAUUGGGAUUCAGAAGCUGAGGUCGGAUCACACAUACCGGAAGGCCCUCCUGAGUGGCUCAGAUGAGGAGUAGGGGCGGCUCCCGGUCAGCAGCGGAGGGUGGCGUGUCCUGUAGGCGCUCGGCCAGCGGUCAGCGGGCCAGCUCCCUGCCUCCGCUGCUGCCCUUACUGUGAUCUGCUCCCAGGGUCCCACCUUCUCGCUUAACCAACUAAGGUCCGUUGGGUGUGCUAUUCUGUGGAGAAAAAUGAAGUCAACCUUUAUGUGCGUCUCAGAAUAAGGAGAAAUCAGAGUGAAAGUUUUAGAACAGAAAGUGACCUCCUGGAUGAAUUCAGGAUACAAACCCAGAAGAAUUUACUGUUUUGAUAAUUUAGCCCUGUUUCUCUCAAAUGAGGCAGGUACUUUCCUAUCAGAAAUCAAGUCAAUGACAGAACCUUUAGAGAGACAAUUCUAAUUUAAGUAAAAUAAUACACAAG